AUGGUCGUUACAUGUGCUCUGUUUUGGGGUCUUCAUUUUCUCGAUCCAUCUCUAGUAAUGCCAGAAUGGUUGGCAAAUUUAAUUCCACCAUGGCUAAAUCAUGUUACGCACACUCUCCCUGUGAUAUAUGUGAUCUUUGAGUUACUAACAACGAACAGAGCGUCUCCUUCGUGUAGUAUGUCGGUGGCAGCGUCAACGGUAUAUGUGACUAUCUACUUGACUAUAAUCCUGGCGGUUCGUUUUCUCCACGGUUAUUGGUUGUAUCCACUGCUUGAGUUGCUCACUCUAGAGUUGCUAGCUUUGUUCUUUCUUGCAUCUGUUGCUGGAUACUACUUCCUUAUUAGACUAUCAACUGUUCUUUCAUUAUGGUCUAUAGGUAAGUGA